AUGCCUUUUUCCUCCUCCAGCACCGACAGAUUCAGCAAUCACCUGCCCCCAUCCCCGCCCCCCGUCCACCCCGCCCCUGCCGCCCUCGCCCCGAGUCUACGCCGACAUCUCUCAGAUCAGUCAUUCGCCUCUCCCAAGGGCAAACCCAAACUCCGCCUGAGAAUCUCACAAUGGAGUGUCAAGAACAGGAAGAGCAAGGGCGAGAUUAUGAGAAGAAAGCAAGAGAAGAGGAAGGCCGAGGACAGAGAUGAAGAGGAAUACAACUUCAUGCGUGCCAACGGGCUUCUGGCACCAGAGGAGUACGAAUGGGAAAGAAAGUUGGAACAUCGGACGUCAGUUGCUCGGCUGGGCGUCAAGGGUGUCAAGAUGAGGAUGACAUCUCUGCCCUCAAUCUCUACCAGCCCAUCCGCCUUCUCCUUCCCUGCGCCGCCUCCUCGAGACAGCAUCUCCAAGUCGAUCAAUCUUGACGACUACGAAAUCAAGACACAGUCUCUCUUGGCUGAGCAGUUCAGCGAUGGCAGCACCGCAUCUGUGUCUCUCUCUGGGGCUGGUGAGCCCGAGGUUGAGUCCGAGAUAGAGUCUGAGCCUGAGGAGCAGGCCACCCCAACGGCGGUUCUCAAGGUGGCCGUCGGUGUACCUGCCAUUGUGCGCAGCAUCCCAUCUAUGAACAGCUUCACGGCGCAGCCCUCAUUCGUCUUGCCCGAGGAGGUUGAUAUCUUCUAUCGAGGCGGCUCGUGGUCGGAUGAGCUUGGUGAAGGUGGUGAGCUUGAAGCGAUACCUCCUCCACCGGAACCCAAGCAGGUGCCCAGUGCGCCCUCCCAGCAUCUGUCCGUACCCAACUCUCGGUCUGUCCCAGCAAGAGAUGGGCAAUUCACAGAUGCCGAUUCGUACUACUGGAAAGCAGAAGAUGGUCAAUUCUCAGACAUUGGCAAUGAAGACGCCCAUAAGCCGGCGGAGAAACCUCUCCCGGUUGCGCCUCAGGACGGUCACUUCAUGACCACUCUGAAAUCGUCUCGACCCUCCAUUGGCAAUCUCAGACCUUCUCAUGUAUCCGACCUCUUCUCCCCGGAUGUCACUGGUGUCACAUUCAUCACCGGGGAAGACGAAGACUGGUCAGAGUCGACUCCAGGAUACCAUCGGCGUGACAGGAUGAUCUCGUCAAAGUUCUACGAGCAUUGCAAUACCACGUUCGAAACCGAAGAGUGCGAUACGACGGCGGAUGCUUUGAUGGUCCGGCAAGAUAGCCAUGAAAUGUACAGGAAAGAGUAUAUUGGGUCUGACGGCUCUACUACGACUCUAAAGCAGCAUCGACGGACGACAUCAGUCGGAUCUACCUCUACCGACGCUACCGCUCGUCAGCCCGAAUGGCCUCUGGGCACCGCACUCACUCAAAAUCUUCUCCAGAAGGCCGCCACCAAAGACGCCCACGUCAGGACACACUCAGACUCCGCGCCACCACGCCCUAGCACCGACUCUAAUGCUGUCCGAAUUUUCAGUGGUACCGUGAAGAAAAAAAGGCCGCCCAGGCACUCUGUGGACCACGAAGCGAGCCCUGCUGGCGAUUCCUUCGACGACGUCGACCCACCUCGAGAAGACGUCGAAGUCAUCGAAUUUGGCCUCAGUACUCAUCCUUCCAUCCGCCGUCCUUCAAUCUCUUCCUCUGUUGUCACCACAGAACGUAUCAGCUUCUCCGCUCCUCGUGCCGUACGCCCCAGUCAUUCCAUCCGUUCCAAACGGGCCAACAGCACCACCCGAGCCCCUGAACCUCGCGCCUCAUCCACCUAUACCCGCCAAUCCGUCACCCGCUCUCACACCGAUUCUUCUGUCCCACGCUGCUUUCUAGAUCUGUCCCAUAUCUACGCCCCGUCCUCCAAGCAGCCACACCACCCUGUCUCUCAGAACAAGCCCCAUCGGAAGAUCCAUGACCCAUUUGCGGUUUUCGACCCCUACCCGCCUAUCGUUCCGGUCAAGCAAAUCCCAAACGAUCCUUGGAUUAUGAUCACGUCAAGUAUGGAUGAUGACAUGUUGAGGAAGAAAGGCUGGAAAAAGGUGGAGAUGAGGAGGCUCGAGGGGGAAGGGUUCUGGGCGUGGAUGAACAGGAAGGUGCAUGGAGAGGGGCUGAACGAGGCGAGAGAGAGAAUGUUGGCGGUGAAGGGGAAGGGCAUGGAUGGAGCAGUGCACGAAUGA